GCGUUCAGUCUGUCCUCUGAAGUGUAGAGGGAUACCCGUGCCGCCAUCACCCUCGCAAAAACCCCGCGAAUUUCAAACAACCAAUAGGAACAGUGUACCACUGUGUAAUUAACCAAUCACAAUUUACGAGUGCAGUGCGUGAGACAGUGUUGUUUUAUGAAUCGGAUUUGAAAAAUCGGAAUUCGGGUCAACCCUUUUUUCGUGUAUUACAACUCCAAACACACAGUAACAGCAAUUAUGUUAUAGUGUCAAAUACACGGUUGUUCUGCAGUAGUGUCAAGCACUUGUGAAACUAGUGUCAAAAUUAAUUUGUAAAUAAGUGCGUAAAUAUGGGGUGCAACACUAGUUCAGAGGCCAAAACCGAUGCCAAAACAGCGAAAGAAGAGAAAGAGCACACACAGGAAAACCACACUAAUACCAAUGCAGAAGAGAAGCAGAAGAGCAUAGAGCAGCAGCCGUCGGAAGAGCAGGCGGCAACGAAGAUCCAGGCGGCGUUCCGCGGGCACAAGACCAGGAAGACCAUGAGCAUGAAGGCGGUCAGCAAGCAGCCACAGCCGCAGCAGCAGCAACAGCAGGCAGAGCCGGAGCCUACCAAGGCGGAGUUGGAGGCGGAGUUCCGGGCUGACGAUAAAGACUUGUGCCAUGCUGCGACCAAGAUACAAGCUUCGUUCAGGGGCCACCAAGCUCGUAGGCAGACUCAGGCGGAAAAGGAUAAAGAAGCACAGGAACUGCAGGAUAAGGAGGACGUAGAGAAGAUCGACUUAACCGACCCCGAUUUGAACAAGGCCGCUACCAAGAUCCAAGCUUCGUUCCGUGGACACAAAGUGCGUAAAGACGUCCCCAACUAAAGUGACCAAGUGUGCACAGGGCAGAAUGGAAUCUGGCUUCGUGUGUGCUUCUUAUUUGAUGAAACUGCGAUGACUUUGCAAAGACGUUUCAAUAAAAAAUUCGUUAAUAGUAUAAAAAAAUGUUCCUAAUCAUUUUUAGAAAAAAUAUAUCUUCCUUUAAUUGGGUAUGUCUAUCUUGCAUUACAUUGCUCAGAAUAGCUGCCUUUAUACUCACACGUAAUAUAAAUUUAUAAAAGAACUACCCCAAGAUCAUCUCCUGACAACUUGUGAUAUGACUUUAAGCGUAAAAAAGUACUUUUAUAAUCUGAUAAUGCUGCACAUACGAAGCCAAAUUGUCGAGUAUCGUUUGUUAGUUACGUAAUGUGUGUAAUCAUGAAUGGUAUGUCAAUUCUCUACCAAUAGCUGUCAAUUUUUACUUUUACUUGAAAUAUUCCUGUAACUAAAGAGCGAAGGAUUGACGUAUCACGUGAAUACCAAAAAGUAGCGAACAUUGGAAAUGAAUUAAACUAUUUAUUAUCUACGUUAGGUAUCUAUCCCAUUUUUCUAUUCUUAAUACCGUCACCCUAUCAUCAGCAAAAUCAUUAUUGUUCGAGAAAUUUCUGCGUUUAUUAAAACAUUCCGAAGCAUUUUUUUCUUCUUCAAUGUUUGUUAAAUAUGUAAGAUUUUAUUUUAGAAUAAAGUAGUCGUAAGAUAAUAAUUAUUGUAGCUUUAAACGCUAUUGAACAGCUUGUAUUAAGUAAUUUAAUUUUGUAUCAUUUAUGAACAAUGUUUAUAUUAUAUUCGUUACAUAGUUAUGUAUGAUUACUAGGAUUACAUUAUUAUUAACAAUUAAAAUUCUUCAUAUUGUUUGUCUUUGAUUAUGUGUUUAUUUAUUGGUUAACUCACUCGUCGCUGAAUUUUCCUGAACAUUUCUGAUAAAAUUUAGGAUUUAUAUUAAAUAAAAUAAUAUUUAAUAUUCAUCUAUGCCAACAUGUGUUUCAUUUGAUUCACGUUAGUUCACUAAUUGAUCAACAUUACAUUUAAGACCGUUAAUGUAGUACAUUCGUCACAUAAAUUAAUAAAUAAUAAAAAAACACUUAAAAUUAUUUACAAAUUACUAGUGGCUACUUCUUUGGAACUGCGUGGUGUCGUGUAAUACCCGGAUUUUGAAAGCCUUAUAAAAAUAAGCGGUUAUUAAUAGUUAACAAGUCGGUUGACGGUGUUGUCAAAUUUAGUUCAAAAAUUAUUACGGCAAGUGCUAUUUUCUAUAUCUCAAAAUUUUCGCUAAUAUUCAUUUCUGAAACUCAAAUUGAUUUGAGCGAUAUGUUAGUUUAAUAAAUGAUUUUACAAGAAUUUUAGGAACCGGGCAUUAAUGUCGCUAUGAUUUAAUAUUUAACGAUUAACUAUUGUAAUAAUAUGUCGUUGGUGUGUAGCCAGUGUUAGGAUGAACAUAGCACGGAUAGGACGUGUACAUAGUUGGUUUUGAGUUUUCAUAAACAAAAUUGUAUUGAUUAUUUUCCCCUCCUUUCUUGAGGGGCGUUUGACUAAAUAACACUUUUUGCAUGUGUUUCUCAUAAGGUGUCUUAGUUGUCUUAAUUAAAACUUCUGUAUCGACCCAAGAUCUCCAUGUUUUUUUCAACGCAUCUGCAUUUAAUAUUCUAUGAGAGUUGUCAAAAUUAGGAAUACUGCACCAGGAACUAUCUUGAUUAUAUGGAUUUGAGUAAGGAUAUUUAUAAGGUGAUGGUAGGUAGGUUAUUUCUGGUUUAUAGCUAUCUUCAAAUCUGAUGUUGGAUGUUUGCAGUUGCCAUACUGGAGUUGGAUAAGAAGAUUCCUUACAUUCUAUCAAUGGUGGCUGCCUUUCAAUUACCUCUGUGACAUUACGCUGUUUUAUUUCAAUAACUUCAAAAGUUUCUGGAAUCAAAAUUUUUAUUCAAUAUGGUGUGAGUGAAAAAAAUUUUUUAUUAUUUGUUUAUUUUAUAAAAACACUUCCAAGAUUAUGUGAGAAUGUAUGUGCAACCUUUAUCGAUUCAUCAAUUAUAAUUUGUUUUAAAUGACAACGACCUUAUUGUAAAAUUUAUUUAUCACUAUGUAUUUAAAUUUCAAUUUUAUUUCAUCAUAUUUGACCUAUGGAUGAAAUUUUCAAUUUGACUUUAUUAUAUAAAUUUUUCAUUACGCUUCGCUCCCUAUAGAUAAGAAUUACAUCUAUGGCUUGUGUUUUAUAUCCCAAUUAAGUGUCUAACUAUUAAAACUUAAGAUCUAAUAGUAAAAUUUACUUACCAUUUUUCAUACAAUCCUCAAGUGGUUUUAAGAUACCAGAAACAUCAUUAUUCUUCUUGGUAUUGUCAUCAAUUUCUUUAAGUCCAGGUUUUGACGGUAAUUUAUUCCUUGUUUCAUUGGAUACAUGAUGACUUGUCUUAGGCGGACUUAUAGGAACAAUUUUUAGUUCUUUUCCUGUAAAAGGUAAUAAUAAUCUCCUUGUGUUUUUAGUUAAAUUCAAUUCUUCUUUUUUUUGUUUAUCUUCUGUUAGUUGCUCGUCGUUAUUUUGAUCUGACUUUCUUCUAUAUCCUGUAACAUCUGCUGUUUCAUUUAUUAUAUUGUUAUUUAAUGUUGAAUUGUUGUUUUUAUUUGUGUUAUCCACAAUAGAAAUUUUACUUUGAACUUUCAUAUCAUCGGAUACUGUAGCAGAGAGUGGAACAUUAUCAUUACUAGCAUCAGAAUUAUGGAGUUUCAUUCUGUGUAUCAUUUGGUCUGUUUCUUCGUGAACGACACUCUCAUUUUUUUUGUCUGGUAAUACUGGUAUCUCAUGUAAAUUAUUUUUCAAAUCAAUACUAUUGUUUUCGUCUGUAUGUGAAGUAUCAUUUAAAACAUCAGUUUCUUCAUGAUUAUUGGCCAUUGGUUUUUCAAUUUCAGAAAUUGUCUUUUGAUUUACCUUUACAGAUUGUGGUUUGUCAGUUAGUAUUAUGUCAUUAACGGGAUCUUCUAUGAAGAGUGGUUCUGCAAUUAUUUUGUGUUUGGAAUGGGCUGUUUCCUUUGUGGCUUUCGUUGAUUUUUUUUCAUCAUUAUUGGCUAAUCUUGGUUUUUUAGCAAUAUUUUGUUUCAUAACAGCGGUUUUUUGUAACUGAGCUCUAGGAGUUACUAAUGUUUUUUUCACAACUUUGUUGUUAGCCAAUUUGGGUCUUGAAUUUACAUUUGGAUGAACUGGUUGUGAAACAGAGAGUGCCAUAAUUUUUUCUUUGUGGGUUUG